GCAUUGCUCUGGUCCAAAUGGCUGUGGCCGAGGAGAAGACCAAGAACGUGGAGCGGGCCGUGCAGCUCGUCGAGGAGGCUGCCGGCAACGAUGCCCAGCUGGUGGUGUUGCCGGAGUGCUUCAACGGACCCUGCAGCCUCAGUGCGAAUACUAAUUACGUGGAGCCCGUCCCCGGCGAGAGCACCGCCCCCCUCGGUGACGCGGCGAAGAAGUUUGGCGUGUUUGUGGUGGGCGGCUCGGUGCGGGAGAGGGAGGGAGACAAGAUCUACAACACCUGCACAGUCUGGGGGCCACAGGGCAACAUGUUAGCAAAGUACAGAAAGGUAAGUUUUGUUCAUGUAAUUUUGGAAGCAAUGGAGACAAUGAUCAAAGCUUCCGUCGCAAUCCGAGAUGUCCGCUGAUCACCACAAUUGUCUCAUGUUCCUUACACUGACCUGCCACACA